AUGAACGGCACCGCCAGAAACCACGAGAACGCAUUGCGCACCCCCGACGCGACACCACCGCGCCCAUCCACUGCCAGCAACAUGCCAUCCUUCACGACACCCCGCCAAGUAUCCGGCCCUCUCGCCGUUGAGAACGGGCUCAACGGCGCGGAUGGAACCGCAGCCGCGGCCUGGAACCGCCCCAACUUCCACAGCGCCCCAGGCAAUUCAAAGACGUCACAGUACAUCGAUAAGAUCACGUCCGAGAACGACAGGCUGCGCAGAGAGCUCAAGGUGGAGAAGCUUGCGCGCGAGGAGGAAGCAAAGCGAGUGUCGGCCGCAAAAUCAAAAGCCGAGGACACCCGAGCCAACACACAACACCUACAAGUACUCGCAGAGACCAAUGCGCGAGCAAUCGAACGGAAAGACCGCAAGCUAGAAGAACUCAAGGCCACGCUCGACGCCGAGGUGCACAGGCGCAAAGUAGCCGAGCAGAGGGCCGAAGAGGCACUGAAGAUGCUCGGAGAUACGCGAUCCGAGACACAACGCCAGCUCUCUCACGCUUAUGAGAUGAAGCACAUGGCCGACACCCACCUCGAGACGGCGCGCGACGGCUUCAAGCGCAUCACCGAGGGCUACGAGAAGAAGCUCAAGUACAUCAACGAGGAGCUCAGUGAGCUGCGGCGGCUGCGAAUCGAGGAUGCGGACAAGAUCAAGCGCCAGGCCAUCAUCAGCGACCAGCUGCAGCACGAAAUGUCACGCACGAGCCGCACAGAGACAAACCUGUCGCACAUGAUGGACGCCUACAAGGAGGAGCAUCGCAAGGAGAUGGACAGACUCGUCACCGAGGCAGAAAAGAUGCGCUCCUCUCUUCCCGACAAGGAGCGCGAAGCAGAGCGUCUUGUGGAGGAGAUGAAGGAGACACGCGACAGGAUGAAAUGGGUUAUGACGCAGCAGAAACGGCAAGACGGGACACUCGAAGAGCCACUAGAAGCCACACAGAAAAAGCAGCCCAACACGCCCCAGCAGCAACCUCAAGAAGCGCCCCAGCAGAAGCGACAGGGAGGCAAGCAGCAAAAGCGCAAAGGGGGCAACUGA